UCGCUCGGCUGAUGAUGAGGCUCUGAGGAAGUCUCUGGUGGUUUCCGCGGGCGAUGGGUGCAAACACCAGUCAGGUGAGCGACCUGUCAGAGAGCCAGAGCAUCCGCACUCUGAUUGGUCCAGACGCCAUAUCAGAGAAUGAGCCCUUCUGGAACCAGCUGAUCUCAUUCACCUUCACCAGCCCCACCUGCAGUGCUGAUGCUAAACUCCUGGAGGAGGCUGUCGUCCCGCUGGCCAAGACUCUGAUUCAGAACAACCCCAGGUCCGGGAACUUCGGGGCGUUGGUGAGAGUUUUUCUCAGCAGAACCAAAGAACUGAAGAUUUCCACAGAAUGCCAAGAUCAGUUGUUCAUCUGGCAGGCCCAUAAUGCUUUGUUCCUGGUGCGCUGUUUGCUGAAGGUCUUCAUCAGGGAGAUGAAUGAAGAAGAACUGCAUUUACAGUUCUCCUACCAGGAGAGGGCGCCGGGAACCUACGAUUCCAUCUGUGAGGAUCUUCUGGAGGAGCUGGUCUGUAAUUUGGUGCAUCUCAUCGUCGAAGUGCCGCUUCUUGACAUCACCUACAACAUCCUGUUUGAAGCUGUGACCACCCUUCUGGUGCUGCUGUCCUAUCAGCUCUUCCAUAAGGAGGUUCUGAAGGAGGGGCUUAUUUACAACUACCUGACCAGAGGACGAUGUCUGUCUCUGACGAGUCGUCUGGUGAAGACGCUGCUGUAUAACUUCAUCAGACAGGAGAAAUGUCCUGCCGCCACACACGUGUUGCAGACGCAGUCAGACGGAGGAGGCCUGCUGUACGGACUCGCAUCAGGAGUCGCCAGUGGGUUGUGGAGCGUGUUCACAUUAGGCGGAGUCGGCAGCAGGCCGGGGGCGGAGCAAGAUCAGAACCCUCUCCCGCUGUCCAAUCAGAGUCUACUAUUACUGCUGGUUCUGGCCAAUCUGACCGACGGCCUGGACUGUCCGAACCCCUACCGCCAGGCUGUUACCUGCUUCAAAAACACUCAAGAUUCCUCAUCCAUCCCGUCUCCUCAGCCUCACACGUUUCAGAUCAACUUUAACAGUCUGUACACAGCGCUGUGCGAGCAGCAGAAAUCAGACCAGGUGACGUUACUGCUCUACACGCUACUGCACCAGAACAGCAACAUGAGGACGUACAUACUGUCCCGCACGGACAUGGAGAACCUGGUUUUGCCGAUUCUUGAGAUCUUGUAUCAUGUCGAGGAGAGAAACUCUCAUCAUGUGUACAUGGCCCUCAUCAUCCUCCUCAUUCUCACGGAGGACGACACCUUCAACCGCUCCAUUCAUGAAGUGCAUGGCAUUUCGUACAAACACACUCUGAGCGCUGCUGUCUGCCCUUCCUGCUGCCGCCACACGGAUCUCAGCCCCAAAAUAAAUACAGAUCAAUCUAGAAUCUCAGACCCAACGAGUCCUCAGCAGCUUUACAAAAUAAUCGCCGCGGGACGUUUGACGUGGACUCUCUGUUUGUUUGCUCUGCUGUCAAAGAAGCACAAUAAAGUUCUGGAGCAGGCGACCCAGUCCUUGCGUGGGCCUCUGGGAGCAGACGACACGGCCGUUCUGCCCGACUAUGCUCAGGAUCUGAACGUCAUCGAGGAGGUGAUCAGAAUGAUGCUGGAGAUUAUAAACUCCUGUUUGAGUAACUCGCUCCAUCACAACCCAAACCUGCUGUACGCGCUGCUCUACAAGCGGGAGCUCUUCGAGCAGUUCAGAUCGCAUCCGUCCUUCCAGGAUAUCAUGCAGAACCUCGACACGGUGAUUGGAUUCUUCAGCCAGCGACUGGAGCAGGCAGGAAGUGACCUGUCAGUGGAGAGAGUUCAAGAGGUCAUCAAGAAAGGUGCGGCGGCCCUCCCUAAAGAGCGUCUGAAGAAGUUUCCGGAGCUGAAGUUUAAGUACGUGGAGGAGGAGCAGCCGGAGGAUUUCUUCAUCCCGUACGUCUGGUCUCUGGUCUUUAACUCUGGAGUGGGUCUGCACUGGAACUCUCAGGGCAUCGAGCUGUUCAGCAUGGACUCGCCCUGACGGCGACGCCUGACUCAUCAGGUGUGUCGGUGUAAGUGCCUACACACAGCUCACGCGUCGCAUAUCCAACCCCGGAGCUUCUGUCCUCAUCACACCGCUCAAAGGGCUGCAGCAUCCGCUCCGUCGCCGGCUGCUCUGAAUUCUGGGAUUGGUACGAUUUGGGGUUUUAGUCACAGGUCUGAUGUAGCUAAAACACUUCGGUUGAUUGUGAUAAUCAUUAGUUUGUUUGCUUGUUUCUGUUUGUGGGUCACAUGUGGGGAAAAUGAGUCAAACCAAAAGAUUUCUUAAUCAACAUAAAUCAUACUUUGACCCAUUAGGAAUGAUUCUUAAAGGAAUAGUUCACCCAAAAAUGAAUGUUCGCUGAAAACGUGGUCACCCUCUGGUCAUUCUAGAUGUAGAUGAGUUUGUGUCUUCAGAAAUGUAGCAUUGCAUCACUUGCUCAGCAACGGA